UCUUAAAGUUUGUGAACAUUCUUUAUUUACACAGAUAAUAAAAUUAAAUGUCAUGAUCCUUUUUUAAAGUGAGUGUUUUUUUAAAAUGUGAAGUACACUUCUUUGAAUGGGGAUAAAUAUUAUUUUGAAUUGCACAAGCAAUGGUGAUAUUGUAUAAACAUUUUUUUUAAAUGUCACAUACAUUGUUUUCAAAUGUGAACAUUUUUUUACGCUAGGACCUAGGUAACAUUGCAUUCCACUAGUUCGAGGACCAUCGUGAGAGUACAAGGACCGUGACUAUAAUUAUCUCUGCCCCCCUGAUUGUUGUUUGGGCCAUUUCACUGCAAGAAACAAAAUUCUUAGUUGAUCCAAUCAUAGUUUGGGAUUGAAAAAACAUACUCUGCUUAAAUAUGAGUCAACUCACCGGCCGAGGCAAAAGAUAGAGAGGACUUAAUCUAACGAAGAAUGGCUCACCUACUUGCAAUUUUCAAACCACAUUUGAUGUCGCAUCUCUUAAUAGUUUAUACCGAAGAUCAAGUUUGGAGAUCGAAUGAACCUUUCUUGAAUGUUUCUUAGCUUCCUCCAUCCCUUAGUUUAGUAGCUCCUGACAGCAAUAGGUCAGCUAAUUAGAUGAUGAUCGCAUCACAUGCAUGGACAUGUUAAGAAUUGUUAAUUUUUGUGUCAUCGUCUCUCUCAAGUUUUGAUCUCUUCUCCUCUCCCUCUCUUCCUCCGGCUCCAUGGGACGAUCACUUCUUCUCCCUCUGCUCUCUCUGCUCUGCCUCUCCUUCCUCAAAGGAGCACGGCCUGCCACGUUCAUGGUGACGAACAGCUGCGGCUACACUGUGUGGCCCGGCAUCCUCUCCAACGCCGGCGUGGCACCGCCGUCCACCACUGGAUUCAUGCUCUCCCCGGGCGAGUCCCGCGCCGUGGCCGUAGCCGAUGGCUGGUCCGGCCGCAUGUGGGGCCGCACACUCUGCGAACAGGGCUCCUCUGGCGCCGGCUUCGCCUGCACUACCGGUGACUGCGGCACGGGCACAGUCGAGUGCUCCGGCCGCGGUGCUGCCCCGCCGGCCACGCUGGCCGAGUUCACGCUCGCUUCCGUCGGAGGCGACGACUUCUACGACGUGAGCCUCGUCGACGGCUUCAACGUGCCGGUGCUGGUCGCGCCGGCGAACGGGAGCUGCCCGACCACAGACUGCCCCGCCGACAUGAACGCGCAGUGCCCGCCGGAGCUGCGUGUCGUCGUGGCCGGCGCGGCGGUGGCGUGCCGGAGCGCGUGCGAGGCGUUCGGGACGGAGGCGUACUGCUGCAGCGGCGCGCACGGGACCCCGGCGACGUGCGCGCCCACGGCCUACUCAAGGCUGUUUAAGGCCGCGUGCCCGCGCGCCUACAGCUACGCCUACGACGACGCGACGUCCACGUUCACCUGUGCCGGCGGCAGUGCCGGCUACGGCGUCGUGUUCUGCCCCGCCGGCGGGUCGAGGUACGCUCGUUGGAUCAUUGUUGUUGGACGUGCUCGGCACGUCGUGGCUAUUUGGCAUUUCGAUCGCUUCUUUUUGUGGACGUGCGCAUGUGGACAGCGUAGAAUGCAUCAUGCACAACUUGACACGAAUUAUAUUACGGUUAAAUUAACUAGUACUCUAUAUUAUGUCUAUACAAAUUAUAUCUGGAUGUACUUUAACAAAAUUGUAUUAUAUUAUGUGAUAAACCUCUUUUUUAAGUUAUUAUGUGAUUGUCUAAACCUACGGGCCCCAACUCUCCAUGGAAAGCAUCUUUAUACUUAAAUGAGAUGCUAAGUGCAUGAAAGGAAGUACUCCCUCAGUAAAGAAAUAUAAGAGCGUUUAAAUUGUUAUUUUAGCAAUUUAAGCUAUUAUAUUUCUUUACGAAGGGAGUAGUAACUAAACUCUCCAUGCAUAGGUGAUUAACUUCUUUUAGCUAAACUUCAUUAAUUAUUUAACAACUAAACUCUCCAUGCAUAAUAGACAUUUUGUAUAGUUUCACAUGUUUGGGUGAUUGGGUCACCAAACUGUUUUCGGGCAUGGCAGAGCUGGGAAGUGGUUCAGUUUUACUGUCCUAAAUAAAUAGGGAUUCAUACUGGACAGGCAAUCUAUUCGAGCAGCAAAGUUGAGUUUUGGGCAGUUUUCUAAAUUUUGGAGGUAGGAUAGGGGUACUCUCCUUGAGAUGCUCUCUGCUCAAACUGAUACUUUUCUCUUGUCCUGGACCCAGUGGGAACCAGGCGUCGCCACCGACAAGUGCCGCCUACCCACCAAUGGUGUUCUCGUCUGGGGGCGCAGAUCCGGCGACAAUCACCCUCCUUCCUCUCCUCAUGGCCAUCUUUCAAGUGAUGUCGAUGCAGUGAACAGGGUGAUCCCAAACAUUCAGCAAAAUUUGCUGGAGGACGGGCCCGGGCUCGGUUGGCAUUCACCCAAACAAACGGCAGAUUCGUCGCGAUACCAACCUGCACCGCAAAGAACACUUCAGGUUCCUCCUCGACCGGGCAGUUCCUCCUCGACUGGGCAGUGGCAUGGUUUCGGAGUGUGUUCUCUCGGAUCCCACCCGAGCAGUAUUAGGCCAUGUGGCAAAUUUUGUUUAGAUGCUCUGUAUUUUGAAGAGAUAUUACAUUUUUCAUCCCGAGGCGCGAACCUAGAGAGAGUCUUACUUCUUCUUUCAGGAGCUGGCAAAUGUGUACAUGAACAGAUAGAGAUGCAAUUAAGUUUGUUUGAGUUUUCACCAUUCAGAGUU